AUGGUUUCAAAAAGGAAAUUGUCAAAAACCGAUGGAGAGAGCUGCAAGACAGACUUGCUGAGUAGGUGCUCAGAACCAAAGAAGUCGCGGAUUUCUGAUAAGGAAAAGGCCUCUGCCCAUGGUGGAGUGGAGAAUGAGGGAGUCUUUGAAGAGCUCCUUAGAGCUUCAGGAAUUGUACUGAAAGCUGGGGAGGGACAGAAUGAAAUAGCUGUAGAUCAAAUGGCUUUCCAGAAGAAGCUCUGCCUGGCCCUGGAGAAGCACCCUACUUACCCAGGCGUUGUGAAGCAGUUUAUCAACGGCUUGGAAUCUCAUAUCAAGGACAGAAACCAGUUCAAGAACUGUCUCUUGCCAUGCACUCCCAUACGGACUGAGGGGUCGAGGACUCUGGUGCACUCAUAUUGUGAAAGCCUCAUUAAACUGCUUCUUGGAAUUAAGAGCUUACAGUCUGCUAUCAUAACACUGUUGUUGGAAAAGAUCCCCGAAUUCUUUUUUGACACCGUGGGCACCUUUGGAACAAAUUUCCCCCGGCUCAUUGUCAAUCAAUUUAAAUGGCUUGACAAGCUUCUUGACAGCCAGGAUCUUGUCAAGAAGUUAAUGCAGAUGGUUACCGUCUCUCCUGUACCAAUCCAGCAUGAUAUUAUCACCAGUUUACCUGAGAUCCUGGAGGAUUCCCAGCAAAGUGAGGUUGCCAGAGAGCUCAGCUGCUUACUAAAACAGGGCAGACGACUAACAGUUCCAAUCCUGGAUGCCCUUUCUCGUCUGGAUCUCGAUGCAGGACUUCUGGCUGAGGUGCGGGAGUCUGCCAUGACCAUUGUGCCUUCUGUAAAACUGGAAGAUUUGCCUGUAGUGGUAAAAUUCAUCCUCCAUAAUGUGAAGUCAGCAGAUGCAGUGGAGGUGAUUUCUGAUCUUCGUAAGAGCUUGGAUCUGUCAUCAUGUGUUCUGCCCCUGCAGAUCCUAGGUUCCCAGAAGAAGCUUAAAAGCCAAGUCCAGGCCAGUUCUUCAAUGAGCCAAGUAACCACCAGCCAAAAUUGUGUGAAGCUACUUUUUGAUGUGAUCAAGUUAGCUGUGAGAUUUCAGAAAGAUGUCUCUGAAGCUUGGAUUAAGGCUAUUGAGAACAGCACAUCUGUAUCUGACCAUAAGGUUCUGGAUCUGAUAGUUUUGCUGCUAAUCCAUUCUACAAACACCAAGAACAGAAAGCAAACUGAGAAAGUAUUGAGGAGCAAAAUUCGACUGGGCUGCAUGCCAGAACAGCUGAUGCAGAAUGCCUUCCAAAAUCAUUCAAUGGUUAUCAAAGACUUCUUCCCUUCAAUCCUAGCACUUGCUCAGACGUUUCUGCACUCUGCACACCCAGCCAUAGUCUCCUUUGGCAGCUGCAUGUACAAACAAGCUUUUGCAGCCUUUGACUCUUACUGCCAGCAGGAGGUUGUGACUGCUUUGGUGACUCACGUGUGCAGUGGAAAUGAGACAGAACUGGACAUUUCUCUGGAUGUACUCACUGAUUUGGUGAUGCUGCACACAUCCCUUCUGAUGCGCUAUGCCACCUUUGUGAAGACCAUUUUAGACUCUACACAGAAACUGAAUCCAUGCCAGAUCCGGAAGCUUUUCUACAUUCUCAGCACACUAGCAUUCAGCCAGAGGCAAGAAGGAAGCUAUAUUCAGGAUGAUAUGCACAUGGUGAUCAGGAAAUGGCUCUCCAGCACAGUUCCCAACCACAAACAAAUGGGGAUUAUUGGCGCUGUUACCAUGAUAGGCAGCGUGGCAUUAAAAAGAAAUGAAGGAGAUGGUGGUUCAUUGGAGAGACCAGAGCUGAACAGCGAGCGUGAUGGGCAGCUUUCUACCUUGCUGGACCUUGUAGGCUUCUGCUGUGAGCAAACACCAGAGGUCUUGGCUCUGUACUAUGAUGAACUCGCCAGUUUGAUUGAGAAGCAGAAGGGGAAUUUGGACCUGCAGCUCCUGGAUGAGUUUGGGAAGAGUUUGGUGGAGGACUUUCCCAGUGACUUUGUGGUGGAUCUCAACCCCACAGUGGAUGGGUCGUUCUUGUUCCCAGUGAAGUCCUUGUAUAAUCUGGAUGAAGAUGAAAGUCAGGGAGCAAUUGCUAUUAACCUCUUACCAUUGGUGUCACAGAGCGAGCUUGGCAGGGUCACUGAUGGUCCGAGUAGCCAAAGUAAAAGGGUAGUGUCACCAAUAUGUCUGUCACCCUGUUUCCGAUUGCUGAGGCUCUACACUGGAGAGCAAAACAGUGGAAGCCUGGAGGAGAUUGAUGCCUUAUUAGGUUGCCCCCUGUACCUGACUGACCUGGAGGUUGAAGGGAAGCUGGACUCUCUGUCCAAGCAGGAACGGGAAUUUCUGUGCUCACUCCUGUUCUAUGCUCUCAACUGGUUUCGUGAGGUUGUAAAUGCCUUCUGCCAGCAACAGGACGCCGAGAUGAAGGGGAAAGUUUUGACUCGAUUACAGAACAUCACAGAGCUGCAGACUGUGCUGGGAAAAUGCUUGGCAGCAACCCCUGGCUAUGUCCCACCACCAGCUACUUUUGAUUCUGAAGCCCUGGAGGCCGUACCAUCCAUUAAUGGUCCAGUGAGAAAAAGGAAUGGAAGGAAAAAAAAGACUGAUGGCAGCAAAGCCGGCUCUGCAGAUCGUUCUCAAGCAGAUGACAGUUCUGAGGGAAACCAGCCUGAUACUGAGCUCUCCGAGCUGGAUAGGACUGCUUCUGAGAGAGACGCAGGAAAUCCUCUGGCACAGCUGCAGAGCUAUCGCCUGUAUUUCCGAGAGUUAGACCUCGAAGUGUUCACUGUACUCCACUGUGGGCUGCUGACAAAGUCUGUCUUGGACACAGAGAUGCAUACAGAGGCUCCUGAAGUUGUGCAGCUGGGGCCUGGUGAACUUUGCUUCCUUCUGGAUGACCUGUGCUGGAAGCUGGAACAUGUGCUGACCCCGGGCUCCACAAGGAGAGUGCCCUUUCCAAAGGAAAGAGGCUACAAGGAUAUUGGCUUUUCCCACCUGUGUCAGAGAUCCCCCAAGGAAGUUGCUAUGUGUGUAGUCAAGCUACUAAAGCCACUGUGUAAUCACAUGGAGAACAUGCACAACUACUUCCAGGUCACUGUUACACAAAAUCAGGGUGUGGAAGAUGAACCAAGAGUGAACAUCCAGGAGCACCAGCUGAUGUCUUCUUGUUACCAACAGCUGUUAGUAACUUUUCGCUCCCUAUUUGCUUGGAAUGGUUUUUCUCAGCAUGAAAAUACUGACUUGCUAAGGUCAGCUCUCCAGGUGCUUGCAGACAGGCUAAAGCCGGGAGAGACAGAGUUUCUUCUUCUUGAGGAGCUGAUAAGUGAGAGUUUUCACUACCUACUGAAUUUCCAGCAGAGUGUUCCCAGCUUCCACUGUGCGUUCAUCCUCACUCAGCUUCUGAUUGCCAUCGCUGAGAAACCAAUGGCUGGCUGGAAGAAAGAGAAAAUGGCUUCACUAGCAAAGCAAUUCCUCUGCCAGUCAUGGAUAAAGCCUGGUGGAGACCGAGAGAAGGGCAGCCAGUUCAACAGUGCACUGCAUACUCUGCUCUGUGUCUACCUGGAGCACACAGAUAACAUGCUGAAAGCUAUAGAAGAAAUCUCCAGUGUUGGUGUUCCUGAACUGGUCAACUCUGCCAAAGAUGGAUGUUCUUCUACUUAUCCUACAUUAAGCAGGCAGACAUUCCCAGUUUUCUUCAGAGUAAUGAUGGCUCAGCUAGAGAGUUCAGUGAAAAGCAUCCCAGCUGGGAAACCAUCAGACUCAAGUGAGGUGCAACUGGAGAAGCUGCUGCGGUGGAACAUUGCUGUGCGGAAUUUCCAUAUCCUCGUUAACUUGGUCAAGGUAUUUGACAGCAGGCCUGUACUCAGCAUCUGUCUGAAGUACGGCCGUCUCUUUGUAGAAGUGUUUCUGAAGCUUGCCAUGCCUCUCCUGGACUACAGCUUUAAAAGGCACAGGGAUGAUGUGCAGAGUUUGCUGAAAACCUUGCAGCUGAGCACCAGACAACUUCAUCACAUGUGUGGCCAUUCCAAG